CAGUCACAGUUCCUCGAGCAAACUUCACCAUGAGUGUCAAUAAGCUGAUUGUGCUUCUUUCUGUGGCAUAUUUUAUUGGAGCUGCCCAGGGGUUGCCACAAGAAUCAGUGGCAAUAAUGAUGCAAUUCCAACAGACAUGUAUCGAUACAAGUGGAUUCGAUGAGGGAUAUCGACAGCUCCUGGUAUCACUAGAACCGGCAAAAUCCUGCUUACUGAAUCGUCUGAAUGUGCAACAACUCCAGUUAGAUAUGAAGCUAGUGGUCAGCGGAUCAAGGAAGCAAUUUUUCGACAAGUAUUGUCCUCAGCUACACGAAUCGUUGAGCUGUUUUGAAGAUGCAUUUGAAGGUGUGGCCAAGUGCGCUGGUAAUGAUACUGAUCAGGUGAUGGUGCUUAUAAAGGAGAUGAGCCAUGGUUUUUUGGAUGUGCUGUGUCGAAACGAUGGUCAAAUGUUCUUUGACAUUCAAAAGCCGGAAAUCGGAGCGUGCAUUGGAGAAGUCGUAGAAAAUAGUCAAGACUGUGAGGUGUCGAACAUAACUAGUAAGACACCUAUAACAGGAUUCGGUGAGCAGCAGUGUCGAGAGUUUGAAGAAUCCCGAGAAUGCUUGAAAGGAAAAGUAGAAGACUGCCAAGUUCCAGGUGUAUUUGAUGUUUUUGACGUAGUAUACAGUACGAUAUCGAAGGCGAACGACUGCAACCAGUAUACUAUAGUAAACGAAAUCACUAGCAAUGAGGUUGAUGGUAUUUAAUCUGAAUAGUAGCCAUAAGGAUUUUCGCAUAUUUUUUUUUUUCAAAUUCAAAUAAUCAUGACAUAAAUGCUGGA